AUGCACUUCCUCGCCCUCCUCCUGCCACUGAUCCUUGGCAGCACCACUUUCGCGAUCACCUGCAAGUCCAACUGCGCGCCGCCUCCGAACAGCGUCGCAUGUGCGGAAGCGAGCCGCAACGCUUUGCUGCGCCGGUACAACUGCCUCAACUUCCCGGACUCGACGUUCCUGUACAAGGGCGGGCGCACGGUCGUCAACGCGGCGGGAACCAGCUGCAGCGCGAGGAUCCGCGGCUCAGAUCUCCAGACCUAUGUCGGAUGCGAGGAGCUGAGUAAUCGGCUUAAUGGUAUCAUUAAUACGUGCAUUCGCAACGGGAACGGGGGUGGGUGGGAUGAGGCGGCGAACUGGGGGUGGGGGGUUAGGACUUGUUGA